AUGGUGAGCCUAUAUAAACAGCUCACGCAUUAUAAAAUCACAUUGUUAGGACUAGUUGAAGAGUCACGUUCUCACUAGACGUGCGUUUGCUUAUUGACGGCUGAUUCAUAUCUGGUUUGCAUUGGGUCAAAUUUCUGCAAGUGUUCAAACUUUAAAAGUAAGUCAAUUAAAAACGUUCUUAUAUAUACAGAUAUAUACAGCUGAUGGUUUUCAAAAGGUACACAAUUAUGGAGGGCUUUCGAUCGGUAUUGUGGAACAGCCUGCCUAAUGACAACUUUGGUUGAGGGCUAAAUAAAUGCGCUUGACUGUGACUCUUUAUGCCCUUUACCUGAUAGUUAUAUGUUUACAUUAUGAAAUUGUUCCGAGUGCAGUUCCGAGUAGGAGGAUACCUAUGGAGAGAAUUGUUUAGACUGUACGGUCUGUACCAGUCCUUGCGCGCAUUGCUUAAAAACAAACUGUCAGUCUUGUCACCAUGCACUGGUAGGGGGAGGGUGGGUGUGUUUAUGUUGACAUCAUAAUUGAGAGAACAGAGUGUUGUUCCACAGAAAGAUUCCUCCAAUCAUCGUUUAAAACAAAGUAACCCCAUUGGCUUCAACAAAAGACAAUUACUCAGCAAAUUUAUAAUGUAACCUGUCGGAAAAUGCAUUUAAGCAGAGUGAAGUAAGACCAAAGUACAACAGUAGUUUUUGGCUUUCAGCGGGAGCUAGGUUUCACAGAAUUUUAGCGUCAACUAUAGUCUAUACUCUUCGUGCUGUUAGAGUUAUAGUGAACACUAUAUAUCAUAAUCACAGAGACGGAGUGGAAGCGAUUUCAAUAAAAGUUAAAUGCUUUUAUUUAUACAAGAAAGCCUCGUGUGUUAUAGACCAACACAUCGACAGAGAUUAAUUUAUUGAAAAUACGAAGCAAUAAAUUGGUUGGUUUUGUUGUAUUUGGUUGACGUAAUUUAAUACGUUCCAACGAGCGAUGGUAAAUAAAUAUAAAAGUUUUGCAAUGCGGAAGUAAAAUAUGCAAUCUGCUAUAAGCAUAGCCUGGGUACUGUGGCAUAUAGGAAAGAUAUAAAAAGUAUUUCAACAUUACAAGACCAUUACAGAAAGGUAAGUUUUAUUGGGAAGUUUAUCUGUCUUAUUUAUGUGCCGGCAUAUAUUGGUUAUUGCCCGUAUAUAUUGGCUAUAUAGCCCAGUUGAUCCAUAUAUAUCAGCAAGUAAUAGAUAUAUGUAUACAGGAUAUAUAAGAAACUGAGCUAUCUUUUUUUACAUAUAAAAUUAAAGUUAUAAACUUGUAAAGUUUAUAUUCCAUAAAGUUUGGUAGACAUGCAGCCAAACUAUGGUAAUUCUAGGCUUCUAUAUAUUGACGUCACUUUGCUCAGAGAGUCGCAUGUAUAGCAGGUUGUCAUAUAUACUUGGCGGCAUAUUAUAUUGUGACUAGAAACGUUGGUAGACAAUCAAAAGUCAAGGAAGAACAGCCAUUAUUCUGGGCUCCUACUUAUAAGUUAGUCGCCAUAUAGAUAUUAUAUGAAACAGUUUGUUUUGGUUUGCGAUUAAACUCACAAAUCCUUCAAGUCAAAGUUUAACUGAGAGAUACUUAUAGCAUCCUGUUGACAUCUACACAAACACAGUGAAAACUGAAGGACCAUGGUGUUUAAACUAUCAUUCAUGUGUUGUACUUCAAACCAUUCUUGUUCAAAGCAUUGUAAACAUUAGACCCUAUUGUCAAUCAAAUUCUUUGAGUCAAAUUAGAUGACAUUCUGUGAUCAUCUACACCGAAAUUCUUUGUCAUAUUGAAUAGUGUAGCUUAAAUAGUAUAGCCUGAAUUGUACUUAAACCCAGUGAAUGAUGUCAACUAUAUGCACAUGUAGUGACGUACGGUAUGGUCUCAAAAAUCUACAGUAUAUAAAAUGUGUCGUAAUUAUUUCUCACGACAUUCCUAUAUAACAACCGGAUCCGUCUCAAAAAUUCCCACAUAGGAUUUUACAUGUGAAGAUGUAUUUUGCGUGUAAAACUAUCUCAAUUCCAAAUAUAACUUUAGAUGACUGCGACAUAAUAUGCGCAGCAAACAUAUACUUACUUUGGGAUAUGGGGGACAUCGUUAUUGCAGGGAAUAUGCUGGUCAGUCCUUCCUGUCUGUAUUUGUUAAAAACAUUUUAACAGACAUAAACAAGUUUAUGUUAAUUUGUUCUGUAUAUAGCAAAUCUCGUACAAUAUCCGCGGAGUAGGUAAUAGCAUCACCGGACGCACUAUAGAUUUUGGAUUGUUGCCUUUUCCUAAUACCAAUGUAAACAUGCAAACUGAUGAUAUUCUAUAUAUUGUAGAGACAUGCAGAUUAUACCCAUGCAAUUAUACACUGUAGGAAAACGGAUGGCUGAAGCGAUCAAUUAUAAGGAAGCCAAAGAAGAGAUGGAAAAGCACUUCCAAUUCGUGGCGAAAGAGAUCGGCCGCGAUUGGAAAAAGUUAGGUAGAAAGUUAAAGCGGAUUACUAAAGCUAUUAUCGAUAACAUUGAUGACGAGUUUCAGUCCACGGAGGAAAAAGCUUACCAGGUUUUAAUGAGAUGGUAUCAAGCAAAUGGCCAGGCUGGUGCUACGAAAGAGGUUCUGAUCAAAGCGUUACAAGCAAUUGACAAAACGUCCAUAGCGGAGGAGCUUGUUUAUCGUGAUCACUGUGAUCCUAGCUACGGUACGCGUCAGGACUUUGCAUAUAUAUAGUCAAUACAUAUUUGAUUUUAACUACGAAAUACGAAUAUAAUAGUAUCGUGAUAUUAUGGUAUUGUACUUUGAUCAAUUUUGCACGGUCUGUACUUGACCAGUGCAUGUAGGUAGGGAUACUACUACCUGAAAAAUACUAGGAGAACUUUGACGUUUUGAAUGAUCCCUUUGUCGGGAAAAGUAGCUGGGGUCAGGAAAAUACACGAGCAAUAUACUAAGAUUGUUAAACCUUGAUUAACCUUGUCACUGUCAACGUUAAUAGAUAUGAGGUCAUUAUGUGUAAAUUUUAGCAGCAAAAAUGGAUGGUAAAAAUUUACAAUUCAUCUAAUGAAAAGGUCGAACAAGAUGAGGUCUUUUACAAUAAAGAUAUGUUACAUUUCUUCUAGCAUGAUUCAUGAAGUCCAUUACUCUUACUCCACGCCAAAUCAUAUUUUGGGUCAGUGGCACUUUUAGCGUGGACCUCAAUGCUCUUCAUCACAGUUGGUAGAACGGGGUCAUUCAAUUCAUGUGGCAUGAUUUAAAAUCAACUUUUUGGGUUAUAAUUUCAUGUCCUUUUCACACUAAACAUGCAAGUGAAAGAGAAGAAAUUUCAUUGACUGAAGCCUGACCCUCCAACUGUCCCAUAAUUGUCCAAAACCUUUUCGACACAUCAAAAACAUGUUUCAAGAAAUGGUUUGGAAAUGUUUACAUGUAAUGAAAGACUCUUGACUUUAAUGACAUGUAGGGCCUAGGGUUGUUUUAGGAUCAAGUUCUCAUCAAGUAGCACUUAUUUUCCGGUAUGAAGUGGUCAUUGCAUAUUUUUUAGAAGAUGGCAGUGGGAAUUACUCUAAUCAAUUAAACAAGGUAAAUAUGGCUAUAAGUUUUGUUGUGCAAUACUCCCACGGAAAAACAAAAGCCUAGAAAAUUUCAACAAGGAAGUAAUUAUAUUUUUAGAUUAUAUUACGCUGGAACAGUGCUAUAAGCGCUGUGACGAUAUUUAAUUGGGGGAAAACCAGGAACGCCGAUUGACGAUCUAGGAGGGGAAAACCCAGGAGGAUUAACGCAUACUAUUAGCAAAUUGAAUCACGCAAUAAGACAUACUCGUUCCCAGGGUCUUCCCUCUUGGCAAUAAAAUAUUAUCAAAACAAGCAUGAGAACGUUUCUUGAGCGUAUUCAAACUUCGUUCACUGAUCUAUAGCACUGGAUAGUUCAUCCAUCCACUAUGUAUAAAUUAUGUUAUGUUGUAUGCAUAAAUUAUUCCAUGAAUAAAUUAUGAUGUCGUCAAAAGGUUGCUCUAUCCAUUUCCAAUUUUGAGAGCCGUGUCCUCAUUCAAAUAAACUAUUACAAUAGGAUAAAGUUUGGUGUCGCCCUGCAUUUGGUCAUGAAUUAUGUAAACAGGGACGACUCGCUAUCUGGCAUAAAAAUGCUAUGUUUGAUUAGCUUAAGAAUAUUGUAGAUUGGCCUUUGAUCAUUUUUACCUAUUCCCAUUUACAGACUUCGUCCAUUCAAGAAAAAAUCCAAGAGUGUGCCAAAUCACCCUUAUCCCCUACAUACAAUCUUACCCCACCGCCUUCACCCUUUCCUACCCCAAACGGCUUCAAUUUCGAAAGGUUUGACAAAGAAUUAGACAAGAUGCUUAAAUACUGUCAAAAAACUGUAGCCGAAUGCGAUCGGUGUGCAUUUGGACACAUGUUAAAAGUUCUCGCACAUCUUCGAGAAUUGAACGAAAUUAUAAUGGUAUCGAGAAAUUCACACGAACGUAAUGAUGAUGAUGCACCAGAGAUUGCAGAAAUAAAAUUGGCCGAUAGAAUACGGUCCACACACAUUGAAGAAACAAUGAAACUCAUCACAAUUAUUUCGUCAGAGCCAGAGGCAAGUAUUUGUAUUUCUUAAAGCAAUCCACAACUUAGUUAUUUCAUAUAAUAGAGGGGAAGUUGAUGGCACAGUUGCCAGAGCCGUGGCACUGUGUCCAGGGACCAUUGAAAUAAAUAGAACUGGAACGCUACCUCCGACCGGAAAUUUGAAGCCAAACUUGAACGCCAGUUCCAGUCUUUUCACGCAUGAGGAGAGCGCUCAAUCAGGGCAGUUUAUCUGACAUUCUAUAUAUCUAUAUAUUCAGUUAUAUUCAUUUCAAUGCCAGGAACUGGUUGUUCAAAGCUGGAUUAGCACUAAGCCUGGGUGUAUCGCCUCAGUCACAUGUGAGAAGAGUGCUUACAAUUUGACUUGAACAACAAACACCACAGGUUUUCUCCAGGUACUCCAGUGUCCUCCUGUAGUAAUACUGGACCAAUUCAAUAUACUAAUAUGCAAAAUCUUCUCUUCUACAUAUAGAGAGCACGUGUUAUGUCUGAUGCAACACCACGAAGAUGUACAAGUGAAAUACACCUACCGGUAACUUCCCAGUCUAUAAAGGCAUUCCCUAAGUCACCAUCCAGUAGCAUUACCAUUCAUUUAUAUUGCUCAUUUUGUUAACGUUUUUACCUAAAAACUCAUACAUUUAGCUCAAGAUGAUGACUCAGACGUGUGUUCCUGAGUAUUGAAUAAAUACUAUUUACAACAUGAGCAACCGUGUUCUAUCGGAUAUACAACUGGAGUUUGUAUGUCUGAUACAACACGGACGCGAAUGCUUUAUAUAGCUCAGUGAAACGUCUUGAUGAGAACAUUCGUAUUCUUCAACAAUUUAAAAUAAAUGAAUGAUAUUUGGUGAGAAAAAUGAACUUAAAGUUUAUGUAAAUCAGCAUGAUUUUGUAUCAGAUAUACAAACUCGUUCACGCUCAUGAUUUCUUUUGUGUUUUCUUGAUAAUAAUAAUAAUUGUGAAACUCGUUAAUUCAUUAAGAUUAGGUCGAGAUAAACCAACCGUAUACACCACCCAUUCCUUCGCGUAUUUAAUCGAGUAUGAUAACAUAUUAUGAUAUGAUUCACUAAUAUAACUACAAUCAAGUAACUAAUCAAUACUCCUGCUGUUUUUAGCCAAGAAGUGAUACAGAUGGCUCAGCAGUAAAAGCAAGCAGAGACAUCGUCAUUUCAUCACCAAUACUGAGCUGUAAAAACACAAUACAGAGCAGAGAUUCUACGCCACGCCAUAACCGAAUCUGCGGAGAUCUUAUGAAACCUAAAGAACCUGAGGAGCCCCAUGUGAUUACAAGGUGUUCUGACUGCGGUAGCUGCUUACAUAGCGGUAGCUGCUUACAUAGAGGUGUCAGUGGAAACCAAGAAAUACCAUUGGAUGAGAAUCGUAAUCAGGUAAUAUACUAAACCAUAUCGAGAGAGCUAAUCUUUGAAUCAAUGCCUUUAUUGCCCCGACAGCAGAUGUUUUAUGCAUUAAUGGCUACGACAGGUUUAUUUAGGACAAGGGUUUAUAUGAAGACUGGAGGAGAAGAGGUUUAAACCGUCGUGGUCACUACGCGCUUGCCUUUCAAGCUGGAUUUGAGGAGAAAGUGCCACCUUUACAUUGACAUCAGUAGAUGGUUAGACUUUCGCGUCUUCUCGGGCAGUAGCCUGUUGCGAAAUCCGCUCACCAACGAAUGAGAAACUCAAUAAACUCAAUAAAUUGAGGCUGUUAAUUAAUAUGUAAAUUAACCUGCUAAAAUUCAACAUCUUUCUAGAGGUCAAAUCCUGGUCCAAUCCAAGACGAAACAACUGCUGAUAACGAGGAAAACGAGAAUUCUGAUUGA